AUGGAGUCUUCCAAGACCUGCGUGAGACACCUGCCGAUCACACCAGGCUACAGUGGCUUCGUGCCCUACCUUGGCUGCCAGGGCACCUCCAGUGAGGACAACAUGUCCCACUGUCUGAAAAUCUUCCAGAACACACAGCAGUAUAAAGACCAGCCGGAGGAAUUACGCUGCUCAGUGGCCACUGCCCAACUAAAGCCCGUCUGCUCAGAGGAGACGGUCCUGCGGACCCUGCACCAGUAGUACCGGCAGUACCACCCCUUGAGUCGGGAACGCAAGUACAUAAAGAAACCUCUUCAGGAGCCCCCCAUCCCCGGCUGGGCAGGCUACCUGACGACAGCCGGGGUCACUGAAUUAGGCUGUGCCACGCGGUACACUGUCAUGGCCAGAAACUGCUAUAGGGACUUCCUGGACAUCGUGGAGCAGGCCAACAGAGCACACCUGAAACCAUAUGAGGAAAUAUAUUGAGUUAGGCCUGCAGCACCUCCUCCUACCCCUUCUCCAAAAAUUUUGCUGCAUGAAAGGCUGCUGCCAAAAUAUCCGGAUUUCUCUAUUCCAGGUGCCAGGUGUCCUACCCUUGCAAGAGCCCUGAUGGAGGACCCCAGACCUCCGGUGAGGUGUGGCUGCACUCAGAGGCCAAAUGUGGCGUGCAACGGGAAGAUUUAUCUAGAGCCACUCUCUGCAGUAAAGGACGUGGAAGGGUAG